AAGAGGAGACACUUUUCACCCCUCCAGCAAUGAAUUCUUCAUUUCACCAGCAUUUCUUGAAUCUCAGUCUGAAUGCCACCGACGGUAACUUUUCUGAAGUAAACAUCAAGAACACGUCCUUGCUCUGUGAAAACAUGGGUAUUGCUGUGGAGAUGUUUCUCACUCUGGGUCUUGUCAGCCUCUUGGAGAACAUCUUGGUCAUUGGUGCCAUCGUGAAGAACAAGAACUUACAUUCUCCCAUGUACUUCUUUGUGUGCAGCUUAGCUGUGGCUGACAUGCUGGUGAGCAUGUCCAAUGCUUGGGAGACGAUCACCAUUUAUUUGCUAAACAAUAAGCACCUGGUAAUCGCGGACACUUUUGUGCGUCACAUUGACAAUGUAUUUGACUCCAUGAUCUGCAUUUCUGUGGUGGCCUCUAUGUGUAGUUUGCUGGCCAUUGCAGUGGAUAGGUACAUCACCAUCUUCUAUGCCCUGCGCUAUCAUCACAUCAUGACAGCCCGGCGCUCAGGGAUGAUUAUUGCAUGCAUCUGGACCUUUUGUACAGGCUGUGGCAUCAUUUUCAUCAUUUACUAUGAAUCCACCUAUGUUAUCGUUUGUCUCAUCUCCAUGUUCUUUACUAUGCUGUUCCUCAUGGUGUCCCUGUAUAUACACAUGUUCCUCCUGGCACGGAACCAUGUGAAGCGGAUAGCAGCUGCUCCCAGGUACACUUCUGUGCGCCAAAGGACCAGCAUGAAGGGAGCCAUCACCCUUACCAUGCUGCUGGGGGUUUUCAUCGUGUGCUGGGCUCCCUUCUUCCUCCAUCUCAUCUUAAUGAUUUCAUGCCCACAGAACAUCUAUUGCUCUUGCUAUAUGUCUCACUUCAACAUGUACCUCAUACUCAUCAUGUGUAAUUCUGUGAUUGAUCCUUUGAUAUAUGCCUUCCGUAGCCAAGAGAUGCGGAAGACCUUUAAAGAGAUUAUUUGUUGCCAUGGCUUCAGAAUGAUCUGUAGGCUCCCUAGCAGGUAUUAA